AUGACUUGCUACGCUCACAAUGCUAAAAGUGAAGGAAAAGAAUUCGCAUCGCAUCGUCAAGUGUCAAACACCCAUCAAGUUCGGUUGGUUCGAUUGUUGUCUCACAGUUCCCCAUACAGCUUCAAAAUUCGGCCGCCACAGAACGACGCUCCAGAAUUGAACCUGGAGUCGUCGGAAAAGUCGAGUUCUGAGUAUCACGACGGCUGGAAGACGGUUAUCAAAGAUGAGCCUUGGUCUCCGGAGCGCAAGCAGCAGCAGCAGCCUCAGCAACCACCACCCCCACCCAACAAGCAGCAGCAGCAGCCGCAGAAUCAGUGCCAAAUCCAGGACGAGCCUAGCACUCCUGCCAAGUUCGAAGAUCGUCCCGAGUUGCCACCAAAUCAGCAGCAGCAGCAACAGCAGCAGCAACAGCAGCAGCAGCAGCAACAGCAGCAGCAGCAGCCAAGGAAAAAAAGCAGCUCGGAUCAGCCCACCAGAUCACUGCCGCCUUACGCGCCGAUAUACGACAGAAGCACCGGCAAGAAGCCACAGCAGCGUCAGCCGCCGCCGGCGCAGCCGUCACCCCAAGACAGCGUCAAGAGGAGACUGACUCCGCUGUGCUCACCCACUGUUGGAGGCCAGAGCCCAACCACUGAUAUGCAGGCCCUAGCGCGGGCCCCUACGAAUCAGCAGCAUCCGGCUAACUCAAGACUUCACAUGACGCAGUCCAACCCCAACAACAGCAGCAAUCAGAAUAACAUUUAUCAGCAGCAGCAGCAGCAGAUCCACUCGAAUUUGAUGUACAAUACGUCAAUGCGCGCGGGCCAGUUCGUCACGGGCAGCCUGACGAUACAGCAGCAGCAGCAGAAUAUCUACAAUCAGGCGCGCUCGCAGGGCGGCCAGCAGAACCCGGGCUCCCUACUCAACUCCCUACUAAGCGCCGGCAAUGACAACGGCAGCAAUCACAGCCCCAACAACGGCAACAACAGCAACGGCAACGGCAACAGCAACAGCGGCAGCGGUCAUCAGCAGGACGGCAUGCUGCUGGGCGCGACCCCGCUGUCGCCCAUACAGCACAGCGCCCCCCACGAGGCGGUCAGUGUUAAGUAUGAGCCGACGACGCAGCCGCCCCAGCACAGCAACGGCAUGCACGAGUCUCCGCAGCAGCAGCAACAGCAGCAGCAACAACAGAGGAUCCACAACGAGGACGAUCUCAUGUGGUCGGACAAUCCUACGAGCGCGUCGGAAAUAACGGCCGAGAACUGGGAGCUCCUUUCGCAGUUCGCGGAGCAGGUGACGCCCACGGGCGACGGCAGCGGCAACGAUCAGACCCUCGUCGAGCUGAAGACGAUGGGCCAGCUGCCGCCCUUCACAGGCUUCAGAAACGCCGGACGCCUCGACUACCACAAUCAGGAUCCCCAUCCGCAGAUACAGCACCCGCAGCAGCCGCAGCAGGCCCAGCUGCCCAACGCCUCGCCAUCGGAGGCCCUCGAGUUCUACGACCACAACAUAGUCAGCUCGACUUCGGUCGACGUGGGCAAUCAUCAGCAGAGCAUGGCCAACGGCCCGCAGAUUCAACGUAACAAGAACUCCGCCUUCGCGGCGGAUCUCUCGGGUUACUUUGACUUUGCGGAGCUGCUCGGCUCGGCUAUGGCCGAUACCACGACCAGCCAGAUUCUGAGCAACGGCAAUUCCGCGUCCAACGGCCCGGCGACCCCGGUCGGUCAACAGCAACAAGGGCAGGUCCCUCACGCGUUGCAGACCGCCAUCGUCUCCGAGGGGGCGCAGCAUCCGUGGGGCCCCGGCCCCAUGGACGACGAGUGGCUCGAUCCGGACAUGGCCUACAUGGCCCAGCACCAGCAACAGCAGCAACAACUGCCGACGAUACACACGUACGCGCCCCUGCUGCAGCAGCGCUUGCAACAGUCGAACAUGAGCGAGGCCCCCACGUCCACCAGCACACUGAGCCCGCUCGGCGGUGGUGGCGGAGUCGGCUGCGUCUCGACGUCCGAGAGCCCCCAGGAGCUGCACUCGUCGAUGGGCAACGUCGGCGUGGGCAGCGGGCGCAAGCGCUCGAAAGGCGGCAAGAAGGGCGGCGCCAACAACAGCGGCAGCGCAAGUUGCCUGUCUACCGCGGAGGCCCUCAACAGCCCUUACGGUGCUGGUGGCUUGACGCCUCAGGGCAAGGAGAGGCCCUUCCACAAGUGCCCGGUCUGCCAGCGCGGCUUCCUCAACAAGAGCAACAUCAAGGUCCACCUGCGGACCCACACCGGGGACAAGCCCUUCAAGUGCGAGACCUGCUCCAAGAACUUCCGUCAGAAGGCCCAUCUCAUCAAGCACCAGCAGAUCCACAAGAGACACGGCCGAGAGUGAACGGCAGUCGCGCUUUACCGCGGUCUUGUGGUUUUUCUUUUGUUUUUAUUAAGCUAAAAUUGUGAUCGUGAUUCAAGAAUAUAGUACAUCUCAGUAUCGCUCGGGCGCGGGGCGCGCGAGCUCUCGCUCUCUCUGCACUGUCCACUCGUUGUAUAUAACAUGAUGAAACAAAAAUAAUGAUCGAUAUACAUACAUACAGAACGCGAAGACUGCGCGCGCGUCCCCGAGCAAAGCUCCCGUCGACGAGAUCUCAACUUACGAAUCGAUUCUUCUGAAUAAAAAAUCUGAUUUUUCAACGCACAUACACACACACGCACACCCGUUAACUUGUAGGAGGAGCAACAAGGGAGGUGUUGGACGAGCGCCGGGUACGUUAUCGUGACUAUCUGUCUCAUACAGGCGCACCGAUCCUAAAGUAAAAUGAACGAUGAUGAAAUAAAGCAACGUCCGACAAAUGUCCGCAGACGGGACGUUACCGACUCGAAAUUCUAAUAAUGAUAAAAUGAUUGAUAAUAAUUAAUAUUUUGUAUUUUGCUUGGUUCGUGGCCAAUUUAGCGUUGGCCAGUUAUCCACAAUUUAUCGAUAUAGUUUGUAUAUAUGUAAAUGACGUCAUAUAUAUAAAUCUUGUUUUUAAUAGUUGUAAAUUUAAAACAAAAUAGUACCGCUUCGAAUAAUCGCAUCCCAAUAUCAUCUCUAGAUAGGCUUCACACACGCGUGACUAUGACUUUUUUUUAUCAUUAAUACGAUAUUUUGUUCAAUUUAUAAUGUGCUCAAGAUAUAGGCGACAACAAAAAACCCUAUAGCCCCCCUAUGAACUGAAUUAAUAUUGAAGAAUAUGAUAAUGAUGAUGAUAAUUAUUGAAUAAGUGAAUGAGAAAAUUUUAUUGUAAAAAAUAUCUAUUAGCGUAAUAUUUAUUUAGUCAUACUUCAUCGCUGUAGCUGUACUUUAGUGUAAGGAAAUGUUUGUUAAAAUGACCCAAAAAAUGUUACGAAAAAAAUCGCAAUCACGAGAUAAUGAAUUAUAAAAAAAAA